GUCUCACUUCAACGUUCACAUAAGCCAGCCGUCACCACACCACGCUUGCACCAUCCUCAGUCAACUGCUCUACUUGCGCACUACCAUCUUCGAGCCCUACUCAUAUCUACCAACUCUAAAACACCCUCGCGAUCCAACCGUGGCAAUACUGUAGCAAUGGCGUCGAAAAGAAGCAGUAGUAGUACGAGUAGUAAUAGUAGCAUUCACUCGUACUCGUCCGCCAGCAACGUCCGCGCCAGCUGCUAUGCAGUAAACGCGUCCACCGCGAGCCUCCAGGGCUUUCAUUACUCCACUACCCCGUCUUCCGGGGCUGGGUGGUGUUCCUGAGGUCAGCUCGGGAAUUCCAUCACCCCCUUCAAGUCCCCCCCUCGCCGCCAGACACGCGUCCACCGCUAAAGGUGGAAAGGCGCGCAGAGGGGGGGCAGCAUAUACUAUCACGGGAGAGUGUGAGAGACUCUUCUGCGAGACACUGCGAUCUGUUUUCCUGGGUGAGGGGAGCCAGCAUCGCCAGGACUCGCUUGUGAUGGGUAUGCCAUACAACGACAUGACUGCAACUGCUACGAUUACGAACGACUACGGUAUCGAUGCUAGACGCUACUCGGAUUCUUCUUCCGAUUCAGACGUACCUGAAAUGGUGCGGUUUGACGAGGUAAAGGGUUCGAUUACGGACUACAUUGAGAUGUGGGAUUAUGUUGGCGGAAUUAGGUUCCGCGGGUUUGUCGCUGAGAAGGAGGACCAAAGGGCCAUGUUCGUCUUCUUCGACGAGCCGGUCAUCAAGGGAGAUAUCAAGGCUGGUCUCAUGGCCCUCCUCGAACUCUGCGAGGUCGACUACUUCUCCUGCGACCGUCUUGUCCUUUGCAUCGACCGCCAGGUCGACCAAGCCGCGCGCAACAACUUGACGAAAGACUUAGGUUGGAUCGGCUUUGGUCUCACGACGCUCGAUGAGUUCAGUGGAGGCGAGGAGCUGACUAGCGAGAAAUGGUUAUUCAUGGACAUGGAGACCUAG